AUGAAUAAAUGUAUUUUUGUAGGAAUCUACCUCUCAGUGAUCUCUGAUGUGAAUGCGUUUGUGUUGUUCUCACCACAACACGGCACAAAUGAUAACAGAACAACAAUUUUUUUGCAGGAUGGUUGUCCAUCUCGUUCAAGUUUCAUUGUUGGAACAGAAUCUGGGCGACGUCAUGUGCUUUCAUUGGAUAGCAUCAGAAGACCGGAUUGCGCUGUGAUGAUCAAAAUUGCUUCAACUGAGAGACCAUUUGUGGAUUUGGUGGCAGUAGCGGAUGUUUCAUUACUAUCACACGUUCGUCAACCUCUUUGUAUCACCGCACAAUUGACACUGUCAACAUCAGUGACGGUCCCAGUGUCGUGCACUUUGUCACCCUUCGAUUCUACCCGCCAGACAUGUCUUCUGCGAGUCAUUGUACCUUAUUCGUGGUUUCCGCUUAACAAUGGUCAUAAGCAGAUCAUCACACUUCUGCAUUCCACAGAUAAAGAAUGUGGCGCUUUACAUGCUGAAUUACAUCGUACAAAAAUAACACUGCGUUUACAACUAUUGUCACCAACGAAUUUUACUUUUGCGGCAAGUUCACUUACAACUUUAUUGUUGCAUUUUGAUUAUGACGGUAGUAAUGAAACUCGUUUUACUGCCAUGCAGAUAAGAAUUUGGUUGAACAGUUAUUUGAAACUUCUUAGCGUCACCUCAGCCAAUCCAAAGCUAUGGACAAUACAAGUAGAAGGUGCUUCUCAUCCUGAUACUCAUAUGACCUUCACAUGCCAUUAUCAUUCUUCCUCCUUAGAUGAUAAUUUAGAGAGAUUCAAAGGGUAUAUAAUGAUGAUGUUAAUUAAAGUAAAAAGCUCAAUAGGAAUAAAAUCCGAAAAACAGUCCAAUACCAUUGACAGUGAUUUGGUCAGAGUUCACUGGGAAGUGCAAUAUUUUAUCGCUGAAAAUUCUACUUACAUGAGUAAAACAAUAGCAAAGAGAGUAACGACACAAUUCCGCAUAUUUUCGGAUUUCGUUUAUGCUUUAUUGCCAAUGAUCAAAGGAGAAAACCUGGUCAAUACAGCAGUACUGUCAGGAAAACAAGCUGCAGUACCGAUGAGAAUAUUUUCCGUUACGGAAGGUGGAAAUCUAAAUGAUAUAACGAGUAGCUCAUAUUGUUUGAGUGCUGAAUCACGAGUUGUAAAGGCUUCACCAACUUGUAGUUCCAUUUAUGUUGAUGGGUCAGAGUUACGUGGUAUGAGUAAAGUUAAAGUUCAUAUCCAUUUUGAAAGAUUAACCAGUUCGAUCGAAGUUACAGUUUGGUAUCCACGACUUCCGAUAACUGUUUGGUUAUCAGAUCCAGUGCUAAAUGCCAUCAAAGACUGGCAAAUAGCAGUAUGGAAAUGGCUUCCUAGCAGACGUAAAAGGGAAGCCCGACAAUUUGGCUGUAUCAAUAAAUACCAACAAGCUGAGGUUCGUAUUCUUGCAAGUUAUUAUGUGGGAGACAUUGAGACCGGAGAACGGAUCUAUUUAUCCGGUAAUCGGGAUAUUUUAUUCGAUGUAACGUCAUUGACAAUAAAUCAUGUGCAUAGUUCAAAUAUUGGUGUUGCUGUUGUAUUGCCUCGACAAGAUCGCAUUUUUGUUGUGGCUCAUCGUCCCGGUUCAGCCAGGAUAAUAUUACGUUCAAAUACUCCCAGCAUCGAUUAUGGCAGUGCUCCAAUCGUGGUGACAGAAGAUUCUGUAUCGGUACGACGACUUGUAGUGGAAGGAAUUGUUGAUAUUGCUUUGGAUAUUGAACGAAUUCCGAGAAAGGCCCAUGAAUAUGUUGUUUCAACAUUUAUUCAAAAUACUUUAACUCAUAAGUAUCAGCACGCCACUCUGGUUUGUCGAUUAUAUUUCUCGGAUGAACAGAUGCUUGAAUUAACCGAUAUUCCAUCAGAACAGUACGUGCUGAGAGGAUGGAGUUCAGAUGAGCAAGCUGUAGCAUUGAAUCAUGGGCCGGGUGGCCAUAAUAUUGAAUUAACCGUUCUGCAGAAUGUCAAGAAUGUGCUAAUCUCAGUUAGCUUGCAUAGUCCAGCUCAGUGCAGUGAGCCAGGUUCGAGAGCUAUCAGUCAAAUCGAUUAUCCCGUACAAAUUGAAUUCAGUGAAAAAAAACAUACAAGCACAUCAUCUGUUAUUAAUUAUAAUAGUAGCACGAAACUGGAAUCAACCACGAACUCAAAUAGUUGGAAUUCGGAAAUGUUGCUUGGAUUGAUCAUUCUUUUGGCUGCAAUAAUAGGUAUUGUGCAUGCGAUAGGUUCACGGGCCAGACAACCAUUCAAUGAAGGUUAUGAAAAAUUAGUACUGCCAAUCCUUACACGAUUAAGUUCAUCAAGCUCAUGUGGAAGGGAUGAGAAUUCACAGGAAUGGAUAUGGUUAUCGAAAGCACAAAUUGAUAGUGCCAGUAUAAAUAGCAGGUAUUCACAGAAAUCAACCAUGGAUGUUACUGAUAAUGCAUCAAAUGUAAGUGAUAGGAGUACACAACGUAGCAUAUCAUAUCGUGGAUCAGAAAUUAGCGUAUUCAUAUCUCCACAACCUGCUGUAGCUAUCAAUCUUGAUUCAUUGGGAAGACAUACAACAAGUUGGCGUGGUAGAUCAAGAGCUAAACUGGCAAGAAGUGCGAUGAUUGAUAGUAGUUCUUCAGAACAUAACCUUUCCAGAUAUUCAUAUGCAAAUUCGAAUGGAUGCAGCUUUACUCCGAUCACUCCCGCUGGCAAUGAAAAAAAUCCAUGGAGCAGAGGAGGAGGAACAGCUGCAGCAGCACCCAAACAGGUAUGUUGGCGGCAGAUCGAUCGUGAUUUUAGCUUCGAUUCCAUGCCUGAUAUGGAUGGAAUCCGAGAAACGGUCACCUAA